AUGAACACUUGUGCACUGGGGGCUGUGUCCCCCAGCAGUGCCCGUUCAGUGACACAUUGGUGUGGGGGCAGUGAGGCGUGGCCGCUGGACCAGGUCUGCAGCUUCACCCUGCUGCUGCUGCUUCAGCAGGAAAAAUGUGACGAGCCCCUUGUUUCCGGUCUUUCCCAUGAUGCCUUCAAAAGCUCUUCCAUUAUGUCCACCAGCUACUCCCCGGGCUACGCCAGGAUCAACAAACGAGGGGGUGCAGGGGGCUGGUCCCCUUCGGACAGUGACCACUAUCAGUGGCUGCAGGUGGAUUUUGGCAGUCGUAAACAGAUGAGCGCUAUUGCCACCCAAGGGAGAUACAGCAGCUCUGACUGGGUGACCCAGUACCGGCUGCUCUACAGCGACACCAGCAGGAACUGGAAACCCUACCACCAGGACGGAACCAUCUGGGCCUUCCCUGGAAACACCAAUUCCGAUGGCGUGGUCCGCCAUGACCUGCAGCACCUGGUGACUGCCCGUUAUGUCCGCCUGGUGCCCCUGGACUGGAACUCGGAGGGCCGCAUCGGGCUGCGUGCUGAGAUCUACGGCUGCUCCUACUGGGCUGAUGUCAUCAACUUCGAUGGCCACGUAGUGCUGCCAUACAGAUUCCGUAACAAGAAGAUGAAAACCCUGAAAGACGUCAUUGCCCUGAAAUUUAAGACAUCUGAGAGCGAGGGGGUCAUCUUGCACGGGGAAGGGCAGCAAGGAGAUUACAUCACCCUGGAACUGAAGAAAGCCAGGCUGGUUCUCAGCUUAAACCUGGGAAGCAACCAGCUGGGGCCCAUCUACGGCCACACCUCUGUGACCGCCGGCAGCCUGCUAGAUGACCAUCACUGGCACUCUGUGGUCAUUGAGCGCCAGGGCCGCAGCAUCAACCUCACCCUAGACCGAGGCACACAGCACUUCCGGACCAACGGCGAGUUUGACUAUCUGGACCUGGACUAUGAGAUCACUUUUGGAGGAGUCCCGUUCUCAGGGAAGCCCAGCUCCAGCAGCAGAAAGAAUUUCAAAGGCUGCAUGGAAGGCAUCAGCUACAAUGCCGUCAACAUCACUGACCUGGCCCGCAGGAGGAAGCUGGAGCCCUCCGAUGUGGGGAACCUCAGCUUCUCCUGUGUGGAACCCUACACUGUGCCCGUCUUCUUCAAUGCCACCAGCUACCUGGAGGUGCCCGGCCGGGCUGGCCAGGAUGUGUUCUCCGUCAGCUUCCAGUUCCGCACCUGGAACCCCAACGGCCUCCUACUCUUCAGUCACUUUUCUGAGAACCUGGGCACCAUCGAGGUUGACCUGGCUGACAGCAGAGUCAGCGUGCACAUCAAUGUCACCCAGACCAGGAUGAGCCAUAUCGACAUCGCCUCAGGUUCUGGGCUGAACAAUGGGCAGUGGCAUGAAGUUCGUUUCCUGGCCAAGGAGAACUUCGCCGUCCUCACGAUCGACGGUGAUGAGGCUUCUGCAGUCCGCACCAACAGCCCUCUCCAGGUCAAAACUGGGGAGAAGUACUUUUUUGGAGGUGUCCUGAACCAAGUGGCAAACUCGGGGCUCUCCCUGCUGCAGCCAUCCUUCCAGGGCUGCAUGCAGCUCAUUCAGGUGGACGACCAGCUGGUGAAUCUGUACGAAGUGGCCCAGAGGAAGCCAGGCAGCUUCGCUAACGUCAGCAUCGACAUGUGUGCCAUCAUAGAUCGAUGCGUGCCCAAUCACUGCGAACACGGGGGGAAAUGCUCUCAGACGUGGGACAGCUUCAAGUGCACGUGUGAUGAGACAGGAUACAGCGGAGCCACCUGUCACAACCCUCUCUACGAGCCAUCCUGUGAGGCCUACAAGCAUUUGGGCCAGACCUCCAACUACUACUGGAUUGACCCUGAUGGCAGCGGCCCCCUGGCCCCUCUGAAAGUCUACUGCAACAUGACAGAGGACAAAGUGUGGACCAUCAUGUCACACGACCUGCAGAUGCAGACGACAGUGGUCGGCUACACGCCAGAGAGGUCCUCGGUGACCCAGCUUGUGUACAGUGCCUCACUGGACCAGAUCGGCGCUAUCACCAGCAGUGCCGAGUACUGUGAGCAGUACGUCUCCUACUUCUGCAAGAUGUCGCGGCUGCUCAACACGCCAGAUGGAAACGCCUUCACCUGGUGGGUCGGCAGAGGCAACGAGAAGCAUUAUUACUGGGGAGGAUCAGGCCCCGGCAUCCAGAAGUGUGCCUGUGGCAUCGAGCGCAACUGCACAGACCCCCGGCACUACUGCAACUGCGAUGCGGACCACAAGCAGUGGAGAAAGGACGCCGGCUUCCUGUCUUACAAAGACCAUCUGCCUGUGAGCCAGGUGGUGGUAGGAGACACAAACCGGCCGGGCUCCGAGGCCAAGCUGAGCGUAGGCCCUCUACGAUGCCAAGGGGACAGGAACUACUGGAAUGCUGCCUCCUUCCCGGAUCCCUCUUCCCACCUCCACUUCUCCACCUUCCAAGGGGAAACCAGCGCUGACAUUUCCUUCUACUUCAAAACACUGAUCCCGCGUGGGGUGUUCCUGGAAAACCUGGGGAACACAGACUUCAUCAAACUGGAGCUCAAGUCUGCCACGGAUGUGUCCUUCUCAUUCGACGUGGGCAACGGGCCGGUGGAGAUUGUGGUGCGGGCGCCAUCCCCGCUCAACGAUGACCAGUGGCACCGCGUCACCGCUGAGAGGAACGUCAAGCAGGCCAGCUUGCAGGUGGACCGGCUGCCUCCAGUGGUGCGCAAGGCCCCAACCGAGGGCCACAAGCGCCUAGAGCUCUACAGCCAGCUGUAUGUGGGUGCCGCCGGUGGCCAGCAAGGCUUCCUGGGCUGCAUCCGCUCCCUGCGAAUGAACGGGGUGACGCUAGACCUGGAGGAGAGGGCCAAGGUCACCUCCGGCUUCGUGUCAGGAUGCUCCGGCCACUGCACCAGCUACGGGGCCAACUGUGAGCAUGGUGGCCGGUGCGUGGAGAAGUACCAUGGCUACUCCUGCGACUGCACCCACACGGCCUAUGACGGCACCUUCUGCAACAAAGACGUCGGUGCAUUUUUCGAGGAGGGAAUGUGGCUUCGGUAUAACUUCCAGUCCGCGGGGACCGGUGCCAGAGAUCCAGGCCGUACUGAGGGCGAGCAGCAGAGCCCAGCCCCCGACCUGGCCCUGGAGCAACUCAGCUUCAGCUUCAGCACAUCCAAGGCGCCCUGCAUUCUGCUCUACGUCAGCUCGCACACCACCGACUUCAUGGCCGUGCUCCUCAAGCCCACUGGAAGCCUGCAGGUCCGGUACAACCUGGGUGGUACGCGCGAGCCUUACAACGUGGACCUGGACCACAGGAGCAUGGCCAAUGGACAGCCACACAGCCUGAAUGUCACCCGCCGGGAGAGGACCCUCAUGCUGCAGCUUGAUCACUACCCUCGUGUGACUUACCAUCUUCCAAGUUCAUCCGACACACUGUUCAAUUCCCCCAAGUCACUCUUUCUGGGAAAAGUUAUAGAAACGGGGAAGAUCGACCCAGAAAUUCACAAGUACAACACCCCGGGCUUCACUGGCUGUCUCUCCCGGGUCCAGUUCAACCGCAUUGCCCCCCUCAAGGCCGCCCUGCGACAGACCAACGCCUCAGCCCAGGUGUACGUGCAGGGUCAGCUUGUGGAGUCCAACUGCGGUGCCUCCCCGCUAACCAUCGCCCCCAUGUCGGCUGCCACCGACCCCUGGCACCUGGACCACCUGGAGUCAGCCAGUGCAGAUUUUCCAUACAACCCAGGACAAGGACAAGCCAUAAGGAAUGGAGUCAACAGGAACUCGGCCAUCAUUGGAGGUGUCAUUGCUGUGGUGAUCUUCACCAUUCUCUGCACUUUGGUCUUCCUCAUUCGGUACAUGUUCCGUCACAAGGGCACCUACCACACCAACGAGGCGAAGGGGGCGGAGUCAGCAGAGAGUGCGGACGCCGCCAUCAUGAACAACGACCCCAACUUCACAGAGACCAUUGAUGAAAGCAAAAGGGAAUGGCUCAUCUGA